AUAACCCGUCUACACCUGCGCGUGCGCCGAUACUUAAGCUCUUUCAUACCUGACCGUGCCCUCCUUUUCUUUUAUUACCAUCAGAUGUCCACGGCCAGCCUACCAUCGUACACACCAGUGCCGGAGCACUUGCACACCCCUGUGUACUCCGAGCUACCCCAGCCAGAUGAAUACAGAUUGGCAGUGACGAAUCCGCCGCGUUCGCGCUCACAUUCCAGGCAGAGGCCAGCGGCGGGGGGUUUCGUGAAGCAGUCGAAGAUAGGCGGCGUGAGUCUGCGUCUCGCGCAGCAGGACGGCGAUGCGAGUAUGCCAGAAUACGGAUGUGGGAGCUCGGUGGACGGCGAGGUGACAAUCUCGAAGACGGACGGCGUGCAGUCAGUGGAAGUUAAGAUCGAAGGCUUCUUGCAGCUGAAGGAGAUUGCGGAGGGCGGGACCACCUCCGUGACGCUAUGUUCAGAAAAGACAACACUAUGGAGCAAGCGAUCCUCUUCCGAGCCGGGUUCAUGUCCUUCGACCCUUCGCUUCAGUUUGACCAUCCCGACCACCUUCUCUGACAGCAAAGGCACAUAUCCUUUACCUCCCACAUAUGAGGUCCAUCUCUCCGGCCUGCCAGGUUUUCGUGCCAACAUUGACUAUUCGGUUAGUGUCACUGUGUAUAGAAGUGGCAAGUCAUCACUCUUGGGACUUGCAAGCGCUGUCAACAUAGCCAAAGCCCCUUCAUUACCCUUCGGCCUAGGUAAUACAACUCUAUCGACACCUUUUCUGUACAUCCCUCGUACACGACCCGCUGUACCCCUUCCGCCUCCUCUACAACCCACGCCCGACGGAUAUAUGCCUACAGCAGACUGGAAGCUGUUCCAAGGCACCUUGCAGGCGCGAACGAAGGGCGGGAAAGAUAUAAUCUCCAAGCUUUUUCUCCCCGCCUCAAGAAUAUUUUGCCUCAGCGAGCCUAUUCCGUUCCAUGUCACGUUCGCCUCGUCCGCGUUCUCGUUGGCAGCGUUCAUGCCGUAUGGCCCCAUCGUCAGCUUGCUGUCGCCCACUAGGACUCAUACGCGUAUCGAACUCCUGAGGCAAGCUACGUGUGAUGUACGUAACGAUGUUGUCAACGGUACCAAGACGGAUAUGUGGAGAACAGAUAGGAUCGGUGAAGGAGUGUUCCAGCACGCCGGUGAUGGCCCGGACUGGAUAUCCUUCAGCGGGCAAAUUACCAUAAAUCCGGACAUCAAGGUUGGGGGAUUCAAGGCCGGUGGGCUACACGUCAAGGACUGCAUCGUUCUGUCAAUGGUACCACCGGACCCGAAGAAGUCUCCCUUCGUGGAGCUGCGGCAGGUAGUGCCCAUCAGGCUUACCACGGACUCGUGGUCGGUGGUGAAUCCUGGUAUGACUGAGUCCGAGUACUCGGUGCCUUCGAAUCCGGAGGACUAUGUCGAGGCGCAGCCCGAGUUAGGGUAUUAUCAGGAUUAGGCUGGCUGGCGAAUGCCGAUUUUAGAUGUAUAUGGAUAUUACAAGGACAGUUUAGACCGCUUGCUCGAUGUUCGAUGCUUCACUGUACAGUAGCACACAUACUUACAAUAUGAUCUUGCUCAGCAGUAAAAUGAUACUACCAGUGCCACUAUGAUCCCCUGUGGUUC